CUUCCUUCGGCCCAGUAGCAGUAACACUUUGACCUUCGUCAAAUACCCUGCUGUACUGGCCCUCGACGCAGAAGUACAUCUCCUGUAGAUUUGUUUUGUGGUUGUUGUGAUAUGCGAAAAGAAACCCCUCUUCGACCCGCAGUGGAAGGGAUAAAUACAAGAUAGUUUAUUUGUGUACUUGAAUAGAAGAAACCAACAAUGGCGACCGGGGCCGGAUCCUCUCCCAGCAAUGAAAGGCAGGUAGCCGCAUCUCCCAAUGACGUGCCAUCCCAUGUACAGAUUCGAGUGCGGAACUUCACCGGCACCGAGCACGUCGCUUUCCUUGAUACGUCGACUUUCAAGACCGUGCGGGAUCUUUCCUGCGAGGCUGUCCUCUGUCCAGCGUUUUUCGAUAAGGACGAUCUACCGCCGCCCUGCCUCAUUCGCUGGACACUUGUGGAGGAAGACGGUUCCGGUGGCGAACAUUCUCAAAAUGCCGAUGCCGACAACAUGCUUGUUGACGACGAGCAUGCGUCGCGAUCGCAAUCUAAGUCGAGCCAGGAACACGACAUGCGGAGCUCCUGUCGUGCCAGUCCGAGCGACGGCGCCGAUGGGGUAGAAAGUCAGGAGAACGACGAAAGCAAGAAAGUCCAGGGAAGCCAGCAGAAAUUCCUCCAGGUGAACAAGGAAGUCGAACAGGGCCAGGAAGACGACCAGAGCCAGGAAGUCGAACAGGGCCAGGAAGCCGAGGGGACCCCGGGCCCGGGAGUCCAGGAGAACCCGGAAAACGAGCAGAGCCAGUUAGACAGCGACGCGGACGAGAUGUCGGAGUGGGAGUCUGAGUCGAGCUCGAGCAGUGUAAGCAGCAGCCAGAGCUGCAGCAUUGCAAGCGAAGAGUCCACCUCGGGGUUUUUAAGUCCGGACACAAAGUUGCAGUUUGUUCAACAUGUUGUCUACCAGUUUGCUGUGGUUUCGAAAGCCUGCGACAUGCGGCUACGGCCUGACGAAGCUGACCAAAGCUACAGGCGACGCGUCGCGCGCAUGAUUGAUUCGCUGACCUCCGUCGAAGAGGCGCAUGCGUUUCUUUACGACCACCCCUACAGCAAUAUUCCGGCCCAGCAUCUCGACUUGUUAUGGGGCGUCUUACCAACCCAGCGCGGGAUACAAAUUAAAGUCGCUCCCACUCGAUUAUCGUCGAGCGGCAGAAGACUUCGAAGAAUUCGCUCAGGGAGGUGGAACCUGAUGUGCGCUGCAUUAGAGCUGACUGCAACGCAGUGGAGUAAGCGGCUCCAGACCAUUCAACCGCAGCCACCGCAGCCGCACCACUUGCUCGUGGCACCCUUUUCGAAUUCGUUGAACACGUAUCGGACUUAUUUUCAUAUGGAGAAAAACAACGGACCAGACGGUCAUCACAACUACGCAGGGGAAUACUUUUCCCCGCUAGAGGAUCGCGUCCACCGUCCUGGUCAACCGGUUCGAGUGAUGCCGUUUCCUGGUCCAGAUCAUGUCUUUCCAUCGCGUUCCCUGUUCGCUUUCGGAGUUGCGCAACACAUCUUCCACCACGGCCCGCACGCGGAAGAUAGCCGAGCGCGUGAUCUUUUCAACCCGCAUCUUGGGUUUCCUCAAGGUGUAGGGCGGACCGAACUCCUGCGUGUGUUGGAGCGAGCGCUGGAAGUAGCUCACGUCGGGGGAAGAUGGGCUUUGAAAAUGUUGCAGAUGACGAUCUUCGUGGACCCGUGCCCGGAUAGGCAACUUGGAAGUCUAUGCGACAUGCAGAAAAGCGGCGACUUUUGUCAGACUCUGCUGAAACAGUUGGCGAAAAAUGGCGACAGUCUGGCUGAGUUUUUUGCGUUGCUCCCACACCAUGACAGUUGCGAGGGUCCACACAACCAGCGUGAGUGGAAGAGGAAAAUUCGAAUUGGAGUCGAACGCACACUCGCCACGAUCUCCAAGCAGCCGCACUGGUCCGACGACCUGCGCGAAGAAUACUACAGACGUGAGCUUCCCGAAAGCAUUUCUGACGCACUAAAGGAAGUAUCCACGCUGCAGAAAAUGUCCCUUGACCUUGCGGAAUUUCUCGAGUUAAAAAUCUGCCAGAAAACCAAUCUGAAGUACGACUCUGCGCUCCUGCGGAAGACCCUGCGGGACGUGAUCGAGAACACCAGCCUGGGUGGAGCCGGUAGUUCCAGCCUUGUGUACUGGCUUCGAUUGCACACCCGCAGUACAGUACUGCGGGUGUGCAAUCGAAGCCUACUGUCGGGAAGUUCACGACGUGGUAACGGAGGAGCUCGGUGUCACAGUUAA